AUUUUACAUUUACUCCGGAAACGGACGACCGCGAUCCUGUUCCAUUUUUUUUUUCUUUCUUUUUUUUAUUAUUUUUUUUUUUUUGUGGUGCCGCAUCCUUGUUUUGGCAGAUUUACACAAAAAUAAAAGUGACAAAGUGCGCUGCACAUGAGUCGAAGGACGCGCGCCUUCAGCAUCCUCGCACCAGCCUCAGUGGAACUCAAGCCGAGUCGCCGGAAAAGCCAUCCAUCCAUCCCAUACCAUCACUACCAUGCCCACACGAUUCAUUUCGCGCGUCCAUAGUUUCUCCUGCCGACCGUGGCUUUCCAUCCACACAACCCCCACCCACACCCAGAGGACACUGUUCAAAAAGUUGUGGUCUUUGUAUGCUGACAUAUACCAGUGCUUAACGGAAUACCUCAUAAAGUGGCCAAGUGUGACAAUCUAGUAAUUGUGUAUGAGCCAUUUAUAUAAGGAAGGCUACGUAGAAUAUGCAGAUAGAUCCUUUCGAUUUGACUUUCGACUUGAAUAUUGCGAAAUUUAAUUAUAAUAAUGAUAACAACAACGCAAGAGUCUUUUAAGCUAUUAAAAGCAAGUAGUUAUCUGGUUGUUAGCAAUGGAUUUUAAAUUGGAAAUAAAAUGGCAAAUGAACUACGUUAUUAUUUCUAAUCACCGGAAAACAUUUGAGCCGAACUUUAUUCUUCCCGAAAGUAUCAAAAUUGUUUUCUCUGCAAAAGGAAUCGUGCUUGGCCAUUUAAUUGUGGUCUCUGGUGACCAGCAGGGGUUCCGAAUGGGAUGUGCGAUGUGGGAUGGGUGGAUGCGGAAUGGUAGGAUGCUGGGAUGCAGAAUGGGAAUUGUGGAGGUAGAAUGGUGCUUUCUUCGAUUCAAUUCGAUUUGUCGUAAUGAAGCUAGUCCACGGAGUCCCAUCCAAUAGUUAACAUAUUUUUAUUGCCUGUUGUCGCCAAAGUGUCCCCCACCCGGAUUCGCCAGAUCCGCCAGAUCCGCCUCCAUUUGCCCAUCCCCAAGCAACCGUUCAUGCCGAUGCCCAUGCCCAUGCCCAUGCCCCCCACCACCAUCUACAUACUAUACAUACGUAUAUAGAACCAUCUAUAUCCCAGCUCCCUUGGCAGUUUCGGUUUCAAGUGCCAUUGGAGCUGAAGCUCCUCCGGAUUGCUCACUUGAUGGCUUGGCCGAUUCAAUGUUUGCGCUUUUGCGUGGCCAACAAGUGCGGAUGGGAAUGGUAGUGGGUUGGGUAUUGAGAUUGGGAUUGAGAGUGAAAGUGGGUGGGUGGGGGAUUGGCGGGAGGUCAAGAGCUGGUCAUUUGGGAAUCGGGUUUAGGGUUCUCUCGAGUGGGCACCUCCCGCCGCCGUUCCCCAAAGUUGCUUACAUCAUUUCGGGGGAGCCUUUAAAAGUCAUGUUCACCAACACGGUGCUGGGCUGCCGGGCUGAACAAAUCCAGAGUAAUCAACGAUGUCAGGGGAACUUCGUAAAUAUGUAUGAGUUUUAAUGCAAAUCUUUACAUUUCCCAAUCGGAGGGACUUCAGGUACAAGUAACUCAAACAUUUCAAGGGCAAUUAUCACAAGCAGCUGAGCAGCUGCCGGGGGAAAAGUUUUUAAAGUUAUCAUUUUCGUGGCAAAAUAUUAACUUAAUAAAUGCUGCAGCAUACACAAUUUUAAUUAAAAAUGUAUAAUAGCCUUGCGAUUAUUCUUUGCACGUUAAAUCGAGCGAUGAAGUUAAGUUUUGGUGUAGGAAUUUACUGGCCUUUUGCGGUUUUAUUUGUUUAAUCGUAAUGGGUUAGUCCCUUGGAAAAUCCCUGGGGGGAGGAGCACUUAGACCCUUCACGGGGGGCUACUCCUGAUCGCAAUCAAUCGUGGUUGGUCAAACUUUCGCCAACCGAAACUUUUACUCCUGCCCACUUUUAUCCACCCAUCAGACACACAGCACACACAAACUUAGUGAUUCAUUAAAGCAAUUAGAAAAGUCCGGAAUCCGUGGCUGAGAGGACAAACAUUUAGCAACACUUCUCUUGCAUGCAGCCAGGAUUCACGGAGCGAGUGCGGGACCACCUAAUGCUCAUUGAAAUUUACGAUUAUGCUGCGAAAUUAUUAAACAAUAUGACCGCCAGAGGAGUCAGGAAUUCAGUGGGAAAAGCAGGGAAAGCCGAAGCAGCCGAAGCAGCCGAAGCAGCCGAGAGCCGUACUAAGGAAUCAACAGGGAAAUUGGGCAGCCUGCUUGGCCGCACACUGGCCAAAGUGGCCCGCUCCAAUCCCGCCCAGCACGUGACCAAUCUGCCCGUUUCCGCACUCCUGCUCCAGGCCCUCGACGUGGCGGACGUGGCCCGCGGACAGGGAAUCGAUUAUCCCAUCACUAGCACCACCAGCAUCAGCACCACCUUCAACACCACCAACACCACCACCACGGGCAGUGACCCAACGGAUGUGCUUGGCGGUCAGCCGCCGGCGUUCUCAUUUCCCGCCAACGUCACUGGAGCAUCGGGAAGUGCGGGGGAUGCGGACGCAUACCUGCCCACGGGCAAUCUCAGCGGUUUCAUCGAAUCCUCAACGACGGCGGUGAUGAGCACACUGCCCAUUCCGCUGCCAAUCCCCACCAGCACCAUGGCCACGCUCCAGGCCCAAACGGUGGCCACCUUCAUCGCCGCCACCGGCAGCAAGAAUCGCCCAACGACCAUCGUUGUCUACCCAACGGUUUCACCCGAGUCGAUUGUCAUCCCGAUCGUCUCCUGUAUCUUCGGCUUCCCCAUCCUGGCGCUCCUGGUGAUCUGUUGCCUGCGAAGGAGGGCCAAGUUGGCCAGGGAGAGGGACAGGAGGCGGAACUACGACAUGCAGGACCAUGCCGUCAGCCUGGUCAGAUUUAGUCCAAUACAUAGGCUUACCACUCGCAGAUCGAAUGACUUGUCCGUAUUUUACGACAUCAUGCAUCCUGCAACCUGCAUCCCAGCAUCCCAGCACCCCAGCAUCCCAGCAUCCUGCAUCGGAGCAGAUACAAAAUUCAUCUUUGCCCUCACUUUACGAGCAUAUAGCCCACAUUCACAUUUAAAAGCACCCCCAGGUCCUUUGCCCACUGAUAUAUAUACACACUCGACUCGCUUUCACUUGGCCAGUUUUCCUCUUAAUCUGUGCCAUGUCGUGGCCAUUAAUACACCUGUGUCGACCAUUGUUGUUGGAUCAGCCAGCCUGCAUAAAAGAAAGAAAGUUGGGAAUCCACAAAAGGAUGACAAAGAGCCCGACGACGCAUCAUCAAUAUCAUAAUCAUUGUUUUUUAAGAGCCCGCAUGUCGAGAAUGUACCUUUGUACGGAGGCACUGAAUUGUCAUUGUCAGUGGACAGCGCAGUAUCCAAGCCAAAAUCCCCACAAAAUCCGAGCACAGGUGCAUUAGCCAUCCUGCCAGACACGCGCACUGAGAGAAUUCGGUGCACGUUCAUUUCAUAUUCGAUGUUGCAUUAUUUCCACCUCUUUAGCGAAACUCUUGGGCGAAGACCAUCUUCUGUCUAUCGAUUGCAGAUUUCCAGUCAUUUUCUAUCAAUUUACUAUUUAUGAUAUAUACAUAUUCCAUUCCGACAAUAUUGAAGUUCUUAUCGAAACGGCAAAAAGAUUCAAUUUAUUCAAAUUAUGCCAGGCAUCCAUGCUUCCUACCGAAGAGCAAACUACGGAAAACGUGAGUUGAGUGAAAGCAGUACAACUUAACUGGGAGAAAGUGAGGCACAUGUGUGUGUGUGUGUGUGUGUGAGCUGCUUUACAAGUGUCAAGCGAAGAGAGAGAGAGAGAGAGGGCACUGAAGCAAGAGAGAGAGAGUAGCUCGACUUGCAUUUGCAUUUGCAUAGCAUACCUUUGGGCGCUCGCAGUCCUGUUUGCAUAUCACAAAAUCGAAUGGGGAGACGGGGGAAAAGCUGUGAGUGAGCGGCAGUUGGAGGAAAACACAAACACAAACAGGAAAAACUGUUGAGAGGGUUCGCUAGAAUAGUAGCUUGCCCGCUUAUUUAGCAAUGCGACACACACACACACACGUGGCGCGCCCCCGGAGUUGCCACGCCCACUAAAGCACGCUGUCGUGCGAGGGUUUCAGUGCUUUAUGUACGCACGAACACGCAGAAACAUUUUUAUAACUGUAAAUUUCAUAUUCAGAACGCGGGGCGUCAACUGAAUGUGAAUCCGCCACUUCAGGUCGCAUAGAGCAAAAAAAAAAAAUAAAUAAAAAAAAAAUAAAGCACUCUGGCAGAAAAAAAAAUAAACAAGCACACACACACACAGACGCAGUCAACCCUUCUUCAUCGGAAACACACGCAGCAAAUGCCGUCACAUUUGGCUGAUACCCUUGAUUAAGUGCAGUUUCGCCAUAGCUUUUCUCUCAACGAACUAAUCGUGUGGCGCCACAGAAAUCAAUAGAAGUAUAACCUCGUAAGAAUAGGUAUCAUUUAAUCUAGGAUUUUCCUCCUUUUCAAGGAUUUGACAACCCUGCCCUGCCAUUAUACCCUUAUAAAUUUAUAAAAAUUUACCUCUGUGCAGCGCCGCAACGAUGAUGAUUAAGUUGGUGUUGACGAGGUCGACACAACCGCAGGAUCCCAAAAACGAGGAGCGACAACCGCAAACUACACUGGUUUUUGGCUGUGUCGCUUCUUGGCCCCAAAAACAACACACAACUCAAUCCCCCCUUUCACCACCACCACCCCUCCCCCCUCAAGUGGGGACAUGCGUUUUUUGGCACACAUUUUCGCAAAACGAUUACGCAUCACCGCAGAUCCUUUGUCUCUUUUUUUUGUAUUUCGUCCCAACCAAUUUACCCCCCUUCUUGUUUUCGCAUAACUUUUUUUGUCAUCUCGUCUUUUAUAUAUGUAUGCUCCACAUUUGCCAGGGACGACAUCAAAUUGAGUUAAUCAUUUAAAAAGGAUGUUCAUUUAGCAGCGAGUGCAUUUUUUCGCAUUUAAUUACUUUAAAAUCUGCUGGCGUUUUUGGCACAACGUUUUUGGGACACCAUAAACUAAUCAAACGUACAUUUCAUUUGCAUGUUUCACAAGUAGUUUAUUUCACACACCGUUAGUAGUUUUCGCUUGUUAAUACUGACACGGGGGCAAUAUACCCAUUAUUUGUUUAAGAAAAUGGGAAAAUAAGAAGUGCUGUCGCUCGUUUCGGCCAAGAUAUAUAUUUUGAGAUGCGAUGCAAGUAAAUCACUUUUCACCCCACGUUUUUCUCAUUUUUGGCGCGUGACACCAGCACAUCGUCUCCUUUUCGACAUCAUUCAUAUCAUAUUCACAUAUUCACCACAACCCCCAUGGCAUUUUAUCCUGCUCGAAGGACCAAACGCAAAGAGACAAAUUUGAUUAAAGGAAAUUCUCUCUUCCCAAUGCCCGCAAACCACAUCCACAGAUUACCGAUCGUCGCGAGCUAUCAGUCUACGUCCUGAACGAAGCCUAAGCCAGGGCUUCACCUCUCUGGAGCUGGACACUGUGCUGGAGGAG